ACCUCCCCGCCGAGGCCGGAGGCUCUCCACGUCAGCUUACGUCUCCCAAUUUCUUACUUCACGGAUCUGCUUCAAAGGGGCAGCUGCGCUAGAGAAUCAUGUUAAGCUCAGCUAAUGCGGAGAAGCCGAGGUAGCCCUAAUGAUGGAUUUUGAUGAGCGUGUUCCUUGUUCCUCUAACAUGUAUUUGCCAAGUUGUACGUACUACGUCUCGGGUCCUGAUUUCUCCAGCCUCCCUUCUUUUCUGCCCCAGACCCCGUCUUCUCGCCCUAUGACAUACUCCUACUCCUCCAACCUGCCCCAGGUCCAACCCGUGAGAGAAGUGACCUUCAGGGAAUAUGCCAUUGAUCCCUCCAGUAAAUGGCACCCCCGGAACAACCUGCCCCACUGCUACUCCGCAGAGGAGAUCAUGCACAGAGACUGCUUGCCUUCCACCACCACCGCCAGCAUGGGCGAGGUGUUCGGCAAAAGCACCGCGAACGUCUACCACCACCCCAGCGCCAACGUCUCCUCCAAUUUCUAUAGCACGGUGGGCAGGAACGGGGUCCUGCCGCAGGCUUUCGACCAGUUUUUCGAGACGGCGUACGGCACGGCGGAGAACCCGUCCUCCGCGGACUAUCCGCCGGACAAGAGCGGCGAGAAGGCGCCCGCGGCCGCCGGGGCGACGGCGGCAACUUCAAGUUCGGAGGGCGGCUGCGGCGGGGCGGCGGCGGCGGGGAAGGAGAGGCGGAGGCGGCCGGAGAGCGGCAGCAGCCCCGAGUCAUCUUCCGGCAACAAUGAGGAGAAAUCCGGCAGCUCCAGUGGACAACGGACCCGUAAAAAGAGAUGCCCCUACACCAAAUAUCAGAUUAGAGAGCUAGAAAGGGAAUUCUUCUUCAGUGUCUACAUAAACAAAGAGAAACGCCUCCAGCUCUCCCGAAUGCUCAAUCUGACCGACCGCCAAGUAAAAAUAUGGUUUCAAAACAGAAGAAUGAAAGAAAAAAAAAUUAACAGGGACCGAUUACAAUAUUACUCAGCUAAUCCACUACUCUAAAACUCGUAGCGUUUUUCAAGACGAGAUUAAAUUCAGAUUUCGCCCUUGACAAGGUCAAGCCACGAGGUUACGUGGAGAAAGGAGGUGUGUAUCUGACGGGACUCGAAGAACCCGAGGUUUUCCAUACAUGUAAAUCUGCUCUGGACCUUCCAUGACGGUUUAUUGUUUUGUCUAUAUAUUUACGUUCCAACUGGAAUCGGUUUGAUUUUGCCACACGUGGCGUCCAUCCAUUUCCACCGCGCGCGUCACCUCCGAGCGCCCGGCCCACGCUUCUCACCUUCUGGGGCACCGCGUUGGGCAGCACCGGGAGGGGACGGGGUUGUCCCCGUGUCCCGCUGCCCCCUCGGAGCGUGGCGUGGGUACCGGCACCGCGAGCGGCCGCAGCCAGGACGCAAAUUUUGGGAAAUGAUCUCUCGUCUUUCCCGGAAGGAAAAUGUCUGUGGUUGAGGCAGUGCGCCAUUGCCCAUGGGUUUGAAAGGGGAAUUAAGGGAGGGGGGAGAGAAGUAAAAGGGAGGGGAGAGGGGGGUGACAUGCCUACACCUUCACGAGGCCGGCCAAGAGCAGUAGUAACAUGGAUGUAGCGAUGGGUAUGAUAGUGUUUCCUUUGGGGUGGGAGGAAGCGGGGAUGGGGGUGGGAAGAGAAAGAAAUGAAAGACUGAAAUAUUGACUUUAAAAAGAAAAAUCAGGUAUAAAUUUGCCAUACAUCGCAAAGAAACAAUCACUGAAAAGAAAAAGGAAAAACAAAACAAAACAAAGAUCUCUCAAAUUGUAACUAGCUCUCAUUCUAUUUAUGACAACGGCCUGUGCGUUGCCAUCUUUUUGGAGACAAAUCAUAUUAAAAUGCUAAAAAUAAACAGUUAAAAAAAAAAAAAAAAGUGUGAAUUUCAGCGUUUUAAAAGAAAAAAAAUACGGAGAGGAAACUGACCUUCUGGCUUCUGGCUCGCAAACUUUCUUCAGGAAAUACCUGUGGAGAACGACAGUUUAGCAAAUACCACACAACACUUAAUUGAAACUUGGAGUUGUGCAAUGCGCUAACGUUGGAUCAUUAAAAUAACUCAACGCAUGCUCUUGUAAAGGUGACCAGUGAGGAGUUUAAUCAGAAGCCAAACAGUGUAAAUACGGUCAUUUUGUUGUCGUCUACUUUAAAUGUCAUGAGCUCUACUUUGUCGCCCAGCCGACGUAUGCAAAGAACGGAGAGUUGUUCGGAGUUAUUU